CGGAUAAUCGAUUCGGGACUGCUUUCAUGAUGUUGGAGAGGUUGUGGGCGCAAAGGUUCGUGCUUGAUGAGGUGGUAUCGUCAGAUAAGUGGAGAUGUGCACGAUGGACUGGGGACGCACGCACUGAGGAGCCGGAUGUCCGCAGAUUGUGCCGAUCUGAUGCAUGGUGGCAGGAGGUGAAGAGAGUGAUGGAAGUCAUGGAGCCGUGCUACCAUUUCCUCAGGGAAAUGGACCGCGACAGGUCGUCACCGCCAGGUUUGUGGGAUCUCCAGUCAAUCCUCGAGAGGAAGAUUGAUGCUCUCCAACUGGACGAGUGCCAGAGGGCGGUCGUCAUGGACAUUGCGGCAGACAGGUGUGCUAUGAUGCGUCAGCCUGCCCAUGCCGCAGCUUAUUUGUUGGAUCCUCGUCGGCCAGACGUGUCAUUGUUGAGGGAUCGCUCCGCCCCCGUUCUUCUCAGCGCCAGCAAGCGGCCGGAGAGUCGUUAUAUCGACGUGUGGGCGGAUAUGGUGGAGGAUCCCUCAAAGGAAAUCGACGACGCAGAUGUAAUACCCACAGAUGUGGACGAGGCUGAGUGGGAGAUCAUUGAUCAGGCCAACCGUCGCAAGGACAGUCGUAACCGGAUCACAUCUAUAUCGGCAGACGAUCCUUUGGCAGACGCAGUGUCUCCCUGGCAGGAUGCGGUGUGGAUGCAUCGCGAGGCGGAGCAAGCGGCCGACUACCGUGGACUCCAUACGGGACCUCCUCCUCCUCAUGAUGAUAGCAUGGAGGAGAGGGCCGAUCAGGCAGCGGAGCAUGGGGCACAACACAAGGAGCAGAGGGUGCAGCAGGUGGCGGAGCAGCUCACAGAGAGUUCAGGGGUCAAACAAAGAAUUGUGCAGACGGUGGAUCAGAGGGCGGACGUGGUUGAUCAAAGGGCAGAGCAGAGGGUGGAGCAGGUGGGGGAAGGUUUGGCCACGACAGUGGAGCAGCAGGCGGAGCAAAGGGUGGAGGUUAGGGUGGAUGUGAGUGUGGAGCAGCAAGUGGAUCAAAGGGUGGAUCAAAGGGUGGAUCAGCGAGUGGAGCAGAGGGUGGAGGUUAUGGUGGAUGUGAGUGUGGAGCAGCAAGUGGAUCAGCGCAGAUCAGACAUCGUACACGAGAGAGUACUUGAGAGGAUUGACGAGAGUAUCGUUCGAGAUGAGGGCGCUGUGACGGUGGAGAACAGGACUGAGGAGAGGAAAACGGAUGUUGCAGAGGGUAUUGCUACGGGAGUUGGUGUUGUUGCCGGUAUCCGUACGAGAUCUCGAGCGGCCGGUAGAGAGAUGCACAAAACCUUUUCUCGCGUGCUAGAUGAUGAUCCUGAUGAGAAUGAUAAUGGCAACACAUCAGAUGAGAUGUCCGGCAGCGACUAUGAGGAGGAGACUCGUAUGGGGGGUCAGGAUGAGGCAGGAGAUGGCGACAGCUCCGACGGCACCGACGACAUGGCGGAAUAGUGGGAUGUAGUGUCGUGGUGUCCAUCCAUCUGCGUGGAGUCGUCGGGGGGAGGUCGGGGGGAUGUAGUGUCGUGGUGUCCAUCCAUCUG